CUGGCCGAGGUCCCGGGGGCGCGUGGGUUCCGGGCUGGCCGCGGUCCCUCCUCUGUGCCCUGGGCUCCGGGUCAGCGAGGCCGUUUGCGUGUAGGGUGGGGGCGCCCGGCGGUCCUAAGUGAUGGGGUGCGUGGUCACCCAGGCCACCGGCUUUGUUUUCCUUUGUGGCGAGAAGGGAGGGGAUUAUUUAUCGCCUGGAUUCUCUUUGCAGUGUGAGAGCCUUGUGCUGCAAUCCUCUGUGAAGCUGGGUGCCUGGGCUUCGACUUAGGCCAGCCCCCUCCCCCUACUUUGCCCAGAGUUUUCCCACAUAUUUUCUUGGCAUAACCUCCCCCUGGGAAGGGGUUCUGAAGAGAGAGAAAGGGGUACAGUUCCGAUGAAUACUGUGUUUGGGACGGCUUUCCCAGGUUUAGGGUAUUCCUUCAGUUUUUAUUUUACUGGUUCAUUAACCAGGGUCUCGGCCCUGGGGAAGGUGGGUGGUGUGUGUGUGGAGAGGGGGGAGGACUGCUUAUGUGCCCGUCUGGUUGUAGUUUGUAAUUUUUCUAACCAGCUGGGAAGUCUUGACUCCUCUUGACCACCCUUUUUUUUUAAACUUUGUUUACCCACCCCCGCCCCAUCCCUCCCGUAGGGGAGAGGGAGUGAAGAAUUGGAAAGCUACUCUGGUUGUCCGAAGAAGCCCCCUUUUAAGUGGAAGAGGGCUGGGACAGGCUAGACACUCUCUAGCGCUCUGGGUCUCUAGGGUAGGGAGACCCUGACGUUGGUGGGGUCCUGCAGCGUUGCUGGUUUGUAGCCCUCUCCCCAUCUGUGUAGACAGCCGUGAGCAGAGAGGGGCUGGGGGGGGGGUCAUGUGCGGUGUAUUUAUGUAAGACACCCAGACAGAGGGCACUGGUAUUUAUAUAACCUGGCGUGGGUAUUUAUGUAAUAUAGGAUGCAGUAUAUUUAUGUUCCUUUCCUAACCUGUGGCUUUCCCGGCUGCCAUGUGUGGUCUUUGAGUUGGCGUUGGUGGAAACCCAGCUCGGGGGAGGGGGGUGUUUGUGUGUACACACCCAGCCCUCCUCCUUUCCCAUAGGGAUCACGAGUGUGAGCCUCUGCUCCCGUCCUCCUUGGCGGGUGCACUUAGGAAAGAAGCUGGACCGCGUGUGGACCCGUGGUACCGGGCUGGUGGGUUUUCUGCACAUGUGCAGUACUUGCUGUUGGCAACCAGGGCAACCCAGCUGGGGCCAGGCCAGCCAUGUGGGCAAAGGCCCUUGAUGGACAGUUCAGAGUUUGGCUGUCACCCAGUGACAGCCACUUCCUUGUGCCCGGUAUAAGGACUGUAGUGGCUCUCUGGGAGCUAGUACUAGACUGGUGCCUCUCCUGGUGUGGACCUCUUGGCUCUUAGGCUGAUUAAGGAGCCCUAGUGAGUCUCUCCCGGCUUCCUUCCAGGCCUGGCAGCUGGGGGUAGGCUUGGCACAGGGAAGGGGUACUCCCCCCAUCCCCUCGAGCUAGCUAGCACAGCUACUAUCUCACCUUCCAGGUUUACUUCUCAAGCCUGGAGUGAAAUAAGUUCUAGGUAGGUGGCCACCAGGUAGGCUAGCCUGACCUGUUUGGUCCUAGGUGAGAUUCUACCAUUGGCUUGCUGCUGGGUGGUAGCAAGACCCCUCCAGGCUUGGGUUCCCGUCUGCAAAAGGAGUCUCCUUGUUUGCUCACUUUAACUCAUUUGUAAACAACCGAGGUUUCAGAGACCCUUUCUCCCCAUUGCAUAGUUUACCCAUCUCUGCCUCCCCAUCUUCCGGCAGCCCAAACUGUCACCAUCCUUGGGUCUUCCCUUUUCUUGGCCUGGAACUGUACCCAGACCUCUACCAGGCCAGUACAGAGGGGCCCUGCCACCAGGCCCAAUCCCUGUUAUCUACAGGCUUGAGACAUCUAACUAUCUCAGGAAGGAGGGAGGCUACUCAGAUCAGUCCUGUGGGACAAGUGACUUCAGAUCUCGCUGUACCGGGGGCCUCUCCCAGGAGACCCUCUCUCCUUGUCUUCAAGGAAGCUUGCCUGAGAACCUGCCCAAAGAGAUGCAUGCAGAGAGGCCCAGAAAUUGUUCCCUGCAUCCUGAGUAGAACCCAGGAGGCAUUAUGAGGGACCAUGGCCUUCCCUUUAGGAGUGGGGAUCAGAUCCUCUUACGUGGAGCCUACUGGAACAGGCCAGCCUAGCCCUGUGCAAGUCUAGCAGCCCAGGGGCAGGGAUUUGAGGGUGAAGCAUGGAGCUACGUGUGGGGAAUAAGUACCGCCUGGGCCGAAAGAUCGGCAGCGGGUCCUUUGGAGACAUCUACUUGGGUGCCAACAUUGCUUCUGGUGAGGAAGUAGCCAUCAAGCUCGAAUGUGUGAAAACGAAGCACCCGCAGCUCCACAUCGAGAGCAAGUUCUACAAGAUGAUGCAGGGAGGAGUGGGCAUCCCGUCCAUCAAAUGGUGCGGGGCCGAGGGUGACUACAAUGUGAUGGUCAUGGAGCUGCUGGGGCCCAGUCUCGAGGACCUCUUCAACUUCUGCUCUCGAAAGUUCAGCCUCAAGACGGUGCUGCUGCUGGCCGACCAGAUGAUCAGCCGCAUCGAGUACAUCCACUCCAAGAACUUCAUCCACCGGGACGUGAAGCCGGAUAACUUCCUCAUGGGCCUGGGGAAGAAAGGCAACUUGGUCUACAUCAUUGACUUCGGCCUGGCCAAGAAAUACCGUGAUGCCCGCACCCACCAGCAUAUCCCCUACCGGGAAAACAAGAACCUAACUGGCACUGCCCGCUAUGCCUCCAUCAACACCCACCUGGGCAUCGAGCAAAGCCGUCGAGAUGACCUGGAGAGCUUGGGCUACGUGCUCAUGUACUUCAACCUGGGCUCCCUGCCCUGGCAGGGUCUCAAAGCAGCCACCAAACGUCAGAAGUAUGAACGUAUCAGUGAGAAGAAGAUGUCAACGCCCAUUGAGGUCCUCUGCAAAGGCUACCCCUCUGAGUUCUCAACAUACCUCAACUUCUGCCGCUCCCUGCGGUUCGACGACAAGCCUGACUACUCCUACCUGCGCCAGCUCUUCCGCAACCUCUUUCACCGGCAGGGUUUCUCCUACGACUAUGUCUUCGACUGGAACAUGCUCAAAUUCGGUGCAGCCCGGAAUCCCGAGGACGUAGACAGGGAGCGACGAGAACACGAACGGGAAGAGAGGAUGGGGCAGUUGCGGGGGUCCGCGACCAGAGCCCUGCCCCCUGGCCCACCUACGGGGGCCACUGCCAACCGACUCCGAAGUGCAGCCGAGCCUGUGGCUUCCACCCCAGCCUCCCGCAUCCAACAGGCUGGCAAUACUUCUCCCAGAGCAAUCUCACGGGCCGACCGGGAGAGGAAGGUGAGCAUGAGACUCCACCGAGGUGCGCCUGCCAAUGUCUCGUCUUCAGACCUCACCGGGCGGCAAGAGGUCUCCCGGAUUUCAGCCUCACAGACAAGCGUGCCAUUUGACCAUCUUGGGAAAUGAGGAGAGCCGCCACAGACCAGUGUUUGCUUAGUGUCUUCACUGCAUCUUCUUAGAAACAAAAUGAAACAAAGGACAGAACGAACCAACCACUCAAAUGAACAGAAAGGAGAAAACAACACACAACCCAGCACAAAGUCGACAAUGGAUUUUGUUUCUUUGAUUUAUUUUUCCAAUGGCAAAAAGACAAGAUGUCCUAUCACUGAGGAUUCCUGUCCCCCUCGCCUUGCCCGCUGCUCCCAACCCAAAGGCUGCCAACACUCCAAUAAUGACAUCAGGUCAUACUCCAGCCACCUGUUCCCACCACCACCCACCACGUGCCGGGCAGCCGUUGGAGGUGCCUGAAGAAUUUGCAUCAGGGAGUGGUUUGGCCGGUCAAAGACCCUUGCGAUUUCAUGAGCCUCGGAUUCAAGGAGACAUGCACAGCUGCAGUCCCUUGGCGCUGACAAUGGCCAGCUCUGUAUUGGGCUUUCCCAGAGUCCCCCUAAAUAUCCUGGUCCCCCUCCGUCUCCCCCUCCCAUCACUUCUCUGCAGAGAUCUUGAGAGGGCAGUGAGGUGGUGGGCCAUGAUGCCUUGUGCAUGUGUGAGUGUGUGAGUGUGUGAGUGUGUGAGUGUGUGUGACCUGUCUUUUCCAGAGCAGCAGGUGGGCUGCCACGCCUACCUAGCCAAGUUUCUGUUCUCGUCCCCCUGAAGUCAAGGUGGGGUGGACAAUGACCUCCACAUCCCUCAGGGCAUAGAGUCCUUGCCACCACCUUUCCCCGGAUGCCAGUGCGUGGCGGCCCCAUCUUCCAUAUCUGAUCUUAGGGCAAGUUCACGGAGUCUGCUCCCAAAUGGCUUCGGCUCUGACUUACCAGUUAGUCCCCUGGUCCUGACAGUCACCUGUGGUCACCCCUCUUCCCAGGCCUGACUUCUGAGUAGGACCCUGGGUCAGGGUUAAGUGUUGAAUUUACCCUUCCUGGUUAACACCCCAUUUUUAACUUUAUUUUAUCUUUGUUUGUUUUCUCGGUGUGUGUAUUUCCUAAUUUAUUUACCUCUUUUUCCCUUUCUUUUUUUUUAAUUAAAGAGCAAAACUUUUUAUUACUUUGUAAUUUAAAAAACUGAAAAAAAAUUACUGAAGAACUUUGGGGGGAAUUUUGUACUUUUUCCUGUGUAAAUAUUGGACUUUUUUGAGCUUUAUUGUGGUUGUUAAUUUGAAGUAAUAAAGUAGAAAAGGACAAAGUGA